CAAUACACUGGGUUAGUCGGGAAAGCAAGAGUUACUCCCACUGUGAGCUUUACGUUAACUCUUCAAAAUCCUUCCCACAUCAACAACAAAUCAGAUCUCUCUCUCACUCACACACAAUCAGCAGUGUAGAGCCAGAGUGUGCAUUGGGCAAUAGUUGAGUACACUGCAAUCCAGUGAGUGCACAGAAGCGGGACUUUCAGUCUGUUGUAAGCUCCCAGUUCCCACUCAAGACUCUCCGCUUGUACUAUAUGUUUUAAAGGAAGGCUCCGGGGCUGGUCGGAUCGGUGAGACAAGGCGGAGGUACGUGACGAAAUCCAUUUUCAGAUCGAACAAGUUGUUAAAGAUGAGGCUGAACACACUGCAGCUUCCUUGGUGGAUCAGCCUCCUCCCGGGGACCGCAGCCGUCGCUCCAGUGGGUUGUGCUGCUAGUCUCGACUCACUUUACUUCAACCUAUGUGAUUUAUCAGCUGUCUGGGGGAUUGUGUUACAAGCUCUAGCCAGUGCAGGCAUACUAAGUUGCUUUGUGCUGUCACUGGUUUUAUUAGCGAGCAUACCCUUUGUCCAGGACAGCAAGAGGAAGAGCACCAUUGGAAUUCAGCUUUUCUUCAUUUUUGGCACAUUUGGGCUCUUUUGCCUGGUUUUUGAUUUCAUUAUCAACAAGGACUUCGCAACCUGUGCUUCCAGAAGGUUCUUGUUUGGCGUUCUGUUUGCAAUCUGCUUUUCCUGCAUGUUGGCACACUCUAUCAGACUUAACUUGCUUGUAAGAAAAAACAAUGGCCCUAAAGCCUGGCACAUUUUUAGCCUGGCACUUUCUCUCACCUUUGUGGAAGUGAUAAUAAACACUGAAUGGUUAAUAAUCACCAUUGUAAGGAAUAAUGGCACCAGUUCUGCAUUUCUUGGAGAUCCUUGCAAUAUUGCUAAUAUGGAUUUUGCUAUGGCUUUAAUUUAUGUCAUGUUUCUUAUCGUAGUUACAUUUGGUCUUGCUGUGUCCACUCAGUGGGGUCAUUUUAAACACUGGAAGAAACAUGGCAUAUUUAUCCUUGUCACAGUUAGUUUCUCCAUCGCCAUCUGGAUUGUGUGGAUUGUAAUGUAUGUUUAUGGAAAUAAGAAAGUCGGAAAUCAAACCUGGAAUGAUCCAACACUCUCUAUUGCACUGGUUGCCAAUGCCUGGGUGUUUGUCUUUAUGUACAUCAUCCCCGAGAUCUGCCACCUGACAAAAGCUAGUAUGGAGCAGCAUUAUGUUGAAGAGGUAUAUCCAACAAGAGGAGUGGGCUAUGAGACCAUCCUAAAGGAGCAGCAAGCUCAACACAUGUACAUAGAAAACAAGGCAUUCUCGAUGGAUGAACCCAAUGCAGCAAACAAGCCCAAAUCACCUUAUACUGGUUACACGGGUUACAAUGGACAGCUUCGCAAUAGUGUAUAUCAGCCGACUGAAAUGGCAUUGAUGAACAAAACCAACUCGUUAGAAAAUCCCUAUGACCAUUAUAUCCCGAGGGUCACCAUUAACCAGUCGGCAUUUUCCAGUAACGCCUCCACCCUCCGUGCAGAGGAUGCAUUUACAGCUGAGAGCAGGCAGCCUGCCCAACAAGAUGGCGGCAGUGGACCAACAUUUUAACACCUUGCAUGGCUGCAGAGAGAGCACCGACAAAAUGUGAGGACCCAAUAUGGAAAAUCUCUGUGGUGAAAGGAGUCUCUCUGCCAAUAGUUUGCAAUAAAACUUUUUCAAAAACUGCAACUUCAGGCCUUUGCUGAUAUUGUUUUCCAUUCUCUGAGCGACACUAGAUCAGUGGGAGCAAAGUCCUGUUGCUGUGGCAUUUGAGCUGGAAAUGAAAAGGAUCAUUUUCUGAAUGCAACUGGGUUUAGGCAUUCUGCUUAGCAACUGAUUCAAGCCCCAGUGAAGGAGUGGACCAUACAAAGGCAGGAUGGAGACUGCACUGUCACUACGUGUUCUCAGUCCACAUUAAGCGUUGCCUUCAAAGUCUUUCUGCUGAAUAGAUUUCGAAAAGCUAUGACUCUACACCACAUGGACUGCAAUGGUUCAAGAAGGCAGCUCACUAUCACAUCCUCCAGGGCAAUAAGAGAUGAAGCAAUAGAUGCUGCGACAUCAACAUCCCAGGAGAGAAUUUUUAAAAAUAGAUGCAAUGAUGGUUACUAAGGCGAUUGUCAGGCAAUCAAAACUUUCUUUGCAGUACAAUGCCUUGUAAAUGUGAUUAUGUCAACCUUUAUUUUUGCUGUCUGCCUCUUGAAUGAUGUUCGGGGCAACGUAAAUGUGCUGUUUGUGAAAACAACAAUGAAGAGGUGCAGACAAUGCCUGAAAAGAAAACCAGUUUCUUGCCAUGUUAAGGAGAGAUGGGCUUAAUAUUCUGUAUGGACUCUGUAAUGAGACUACUGUUCAGUCCUGUGAUGUAAAACUGAAAUGAUCCAUUUCAUUGUCCAGACCACCUGAAGGACUAUCAGCUAUUGGAAUACAACACACACUUAGGAAUUGCCUGCUGCUCCAGGGUGAAGUAAUGCUGUGUCAAAACGUGGCUUGCUAUUCCUUAAGUCUUAUAGAUUAGUGGAGAAUUAAUCAUCUUAUUUCUGCAAGGCCAGCUAUCAGCCUGCAACAGAAACGUAAGAUUUAGAUCACUUAAACAAUCAGAAUGAACCAAACCAAAAACAAGCAUGUGUUUUAAUGCACAAUCCUGCUGUCUGAAACACAAACCUUCAAUUUUGUUAGCAAAAAAUACUGCAUCUUUUAUUAGUGUAAGCACCUUUGUAUCUUGUGUAUGUGUGAUGAGAUGAUACUGUCUACGCUGCUUACUAUACUAACUAUGGUAAUAGGCUAUAACAGUACUGUUACAUGGGGACAGCCUUCAAAGGCUAAAUUUGUUGUUGAGGACACAAUUGAGAGAUUCUAAACACUUCUCAGGGCCAUAUUUUCCUCUGGCUGUAAAACCUAAAAAUCAAAUGCUAUGUGAAAUAAUAGUAAAGUGAUGGUGAGGUAAAUGAAGAUAUCAAUCUGCUCUUCUGUUUUGAUUCCGCAUCUAGCUCCCAAGGUAAAAUGAAUUUACAAUGGUUAGCCUUAAAGGGAAACCUUGUGUGCUAAUAACCUGGGCUGACUUUUCCACGAUCUGAAUGGUGGACAUGCACGGCUGUGCGUGCAUUCUGGGUGUAUGUCGGCUGGUGAAUGUUACAUUCAGAAUUUCAUGACUUGAGCUCCUGGUUGGUGAGUUCUUGCGGGCGUGCAUUCAGCAAGGUGCCUGUAUACAUGCUGAUACUGGCUGCUGUGACAGAUGUGGUCCCUGAAAAGCAGGGUUCUUCCUUUAUCACGAAGAUGGCAUUGGCAUUAUCAGCAUCUAAACACAAUUCUCCAUUUGAGUAUUGUGUGAUAAAUCAUUUUUCUAUUAAUGAUGUAAGACACAUAUGUUUGCCUUUCAUGUUACAUUAGGUGCGCCAUCUGGCAUUGCAGUAAUUUAUUUAACUACCACUUUUUUACUGCAUUAACACACAAACUAGGAGUAGGAGCAGACGAUUUAACCCACUCGAGCUAGCUUUGCUGUUUAAUAUGAUCAUGGCUAACCCUCUAUCUCAUUGCCAUUUUCCUACUUUCUCCCUAAACCCCUUGAUGUCUUUAAAAUCGAAACAUACAUCUGUCUCUUUCUUGAAUAUACUAGAUGACUUGGCCUCCACGGCCUUCGCAAGUUCACUCCCCUUACAGUGAAGAAAUGUUUCCUCAUCUCAGUCCUAAAAAGUUAACCCCCAAUCCUGAGACUGUGACCCCUGGCCGUAGACUUCCCAGUCAGUGAAAACAUCCUCCCUGCAUCUAGUGCGCCCAGCCCUGCUAGAAGUUGGUACGUUUCAAUCAGAUCUCCCUCUCAUCCUUCUAAAUUCUAGUAAAUACAGGCCCACUUGAACAAAUCUCUCUUCUUUGGAUAGUUCUGUCAUCCCUGCUUAGAGGUUAUAGAAUAGAACAUUAUAGCACAGUACAGGCCCUUCGGCCCUCGAUGUUGUGCCAACCUGUCAUACCGAUCUCAAGCCGAUCUAACCUACACUGUUCCAUGUACGUCCAUAUGCUUAUCCAAUGAUGACUUAAAUGUACCUAAAGUUGGCGAAUCUACUACCUUUGCAGGCAAAGCGUUCCAUUCCCUUACUACUCUUUGAGUAUAGAAACUACCUCUGGCAUCAGUCCUAUAUCUUUCACCCCUCAAUUUAAAGCUAUUAGCUAAAGCUAUAAGCCUUGUGAACCUUCCCUGCACUUUCUCUAUGACAAAUAUAUCCUUUCUUAGGUAGAGAGACCAAACUGUGUGCAUAACUCCAGAUGUGGCUUCAUCAAAGCUCUGUACAACUACAGUAAGACAUCCUUACUUCUGAACGCACAUCCCCUUGCCAGAAGUCAAUAUAAACCAUUGCCUACCCAAUGGUUCACUACAGUUGCCUGUUUGCUUUCAUUGAUAAAGAUGCUCAGAUUUAUUUUUACAUCCACACUUCCCAACAUGUCACCAUUUAAAUAACACUCUUCCUCUUUUGGUUUUCACAUCGCUGUAUAUAAUGUCACAUUUAGCUAUAUUGUACUGCAUUGUCAAUGUGUUUGCCCACUCACUCAAUUUGUCUAAGUUACUGUGAGACCUCCUUGCAUCCUUCUCAACUCACGUUCCCACUUCGUUAUGCGUCGUCAGUAAACUUGGUAAUGUAGCACUUGAUUUCCUCAUCUGAGUCAUUUAUAUGUAAUAAGAAUAAGUUGGGGUUCAAGCAUUGAUCAUUAUAGGGCCCCACUGGUCACUGCUUUCCAUUCAGAAAAUGAACCAUUUAUUCCUACUGUCUGUUUCACAUCUGUCAACCAAUUCUCAGUUCAUGAACUAUGUAUUAUCCCCUAUUCCAUGGGUUUUACCUUUGCCCACUAAUCUCUUGUGAGGGACUUUACCAAAAGCCUUCUGAAAACCCAGACACACCUUAAUUGACUGGGUUCUCCCUUAUCUACUCUACGAGCAACAUCUGCAAAAAACUAUAAUGGAUUUUUUUUGAGUAUGAUUUACUUUUUAUAAACCCACGUUACCAUUGUCCACUCUUGCUUCCAAAUGUUCUGUUAUCAUGUCUUCUGUAAUAUACUCUAGCAUUUCCCCACUACUGCAUGGACCUGUAUUUCUACCUGGUCUGAUUUUUUUUUUCUCUCCCUCACUUUUUCAAUAGUGGGGUUACACUUGACCCCUCCAAUCUGUAGCACCUCUUCCAAAGUAUAUAGAAUUUUGCAAGAUGACCACCAAUGCGUCCAGUAUUUCCAAGGCCACUUCCUUCAGUAUUCUGGGAUGUAGAUUACCAAACUCUAGGAAUUUGUCAGCCUUUAACUAUAUUAAUUUCCCCAGCACCAUUUUCUUGCUAAUACUGAUUUUCUUCAAUUCCACCCUCUCAUUGGACCUUUGCUUCCCUAACAUUUCCAGGAAAUUAUUUGUGAAGCCAGACCAAAGCAUGCAUUUUACUACUUUUUUGCUUGCUUUUGUAACUCCCCAGCUUCUGACUCUGAAGAACCCACAUUUAUCUAUACUCAUCUUUUUCUUUUUAUAUAUUUUUAGAAGCUUUUACCAUUACUUUCUAUGUCCCUGGCAAUUUAACUCUCAUGCACUAUUUUCCCAAUCUUUUAUUGAAUUUUAAAAUGCUCCCAAUCCUGAGAUUUUCAUAGUUAAGAGCAAUUGUUAAGCCUUAGUUCCAUCUUUAUGUUGAUCAUGAUACUCCUUUUUUUACUUUACAAUUUUUCAAAUCAUGGAACUUCUCAAAUCUUUAUCAUGAGGUCAAUAAAUCAAUCAUUACUGGUAAUGCUGACCUGCUUCUGUAAUAUCUAUGUCUAGUGUAGGUUUGUCACUGCCUGCAUCCACUGCUCUCCUUUGUCAUUCAUUGCCUAUACGGGACUCAAAAUUUCUGAGUGAAGAAUUGAAACAUUUAGCAGGGGCUUCAUACUUUUGUGAGCAGUAAGCCAGUAAUUGGUGCUAUUUCUGUCUCUGGAUGGGCAUCAGAUCCAUUCCUGGCAGCCUACUCUGUGUGCCAAGAGUGAAGCCUAGCCUGGUCAAUGUUUUGGUUGUGUUAUUUUGUGAUUAACUCUCAGCUGCUGUCUGUGAUUGGGGAUAGGCAGUAAAUGUUGGCCUGGCUAGCAAUACCACAUCUCUUGAAUUAGCUUGUAAAAAAAAACUUCCAAGUCAGGUGAGGAAGUCAAUUAAACUUAUAAAGAUUUGGAUGCUUGCAUAUUAUGUGAAUUGAAGCAAAAUAGGUGUGUUGCGACUGGCAACUUGCUUUCAACUCCUGAUUGAAACUUUGACAACAGAAUUGUCCAUUUGCAGUUUUUAUGUGAGCCCACUAUCCUCUGUGAAAGAGGAAAAUAUGGCCCUUUUUAUAAGAUUAAAGUUUUUAAAUAACUGUGAGCUCAGCAAUAAUUUUCUUUUGGUGAACUCAAAAGUUGGUUUAUUUGGCACAAGUUGGUUUAAUAGAAAUAGUUUGUAAUAAUUUAAGUACCUAUAUUCCUAUGUUAGCCAAAGAAUACACUUUCUAAACAGUGGAUAAAUGUUCUGUGGCAUUUAGUACUGUGCUUUUUCACAUGUUUUACAAUUAGAUUUUGUUAUGUUUUAAUAAUAUAUCAAUUGCAUGUUUUGCUGUGAAAUCUGAAGAAUAAUUUGCAUCAGUGUAGAGGUUAUCCCUUGUUUCUCAUGUAUAUUGCUUAGAUUCAAUCAGAGGAUGUGAAAAAGGCAUCCCAUUGUCACUUUUGUAACAAAUUUUUUUUGUGUAUUUAUUUUGUCGCUGUUAGCAUAUACUUAAAUUUACGUAGAGUAGAUUAAUCACACUUGCAAGCUGAAGUUCCAAGCUUGCAUUCAGCAAUGCAUCUUUGAAGUAAUUAUCAAUAAUCCUGUAUGAGUAUUUGUGUGAAUGUAACAUUAAUAUACAUUUCAGCAUUUGCCAUGUUGUGUUAUUAUUACAGUAGCUGUCUGCUGUCCCUUCACUCAGAAUAAGCGUUUUAGUUACAAUGGAUUACAGCAUUGAAGCAGGCCAUUUUGGUCUGACUGACUGACACUGGGUCUACAUGAGCUUCCUUUUACUUUAUUCGAUAUAACUUUUAGCACAUCCUUCUCUCCUUCAUGUGUCCUGACCAGUACCUAUUGACAUUGGGUAUGGUUAGAAAGGCAGAACAUGACAAUCCAUCACUGAACAGCUGAGAACCAGAUUCAUGGGGAGCUUUUCUCUUCUGUCUCCUUUGUAAGGAAAAUAAGGAGUAAAAAUCCUAACCCCAAGUUAUUAAAGGUCUUUACUGCCAAUUCAGUCUCUUGGUCGAAAAUACAACAGACUAUGAAAGGUCCAGUUAGUCUAAUAUUCCAUACUUGUGUUGCAUAGAGUUGUAGAGUCACUGCAAUUUUAAUUUAAUGCAGCAAUUGUGGUUAUUUCCAGCAAACUCCAAGUUUGAAUAGUAGACCUGAUUUGUUCAGCAUGUCUAUCUCACCAUAAUGGAAUCACUGUCUCGCCCAAUGAUGUGUGAAAUUCAGAGAUUCUGGGUUACUUAAGCUUUUUUCCAGGGAAUGCAUGAAGCAUCCUUUUGUUGCCAUUGCUGUGAAUAAUCACUAUAUAUUUUUAAGCUGUUAUCCUAGUAUGUUUCUCAAAGGAAGCCAUUUCACAAAUGUUAUGAAAUGAAUCAUUAGGAUGUAACCCGACAGCAAAGGUGUCCAAACACUAAGAAAAAUGCGAAGGUAAAGCCAAGACAUUUAGAUAGUUGUGUUGACUGUGUUGUACUGCAGGGGAUGUUGCUACUUUAAUGCUACAAUUUUUUUGUUUAAAAAUAAACUUUUCUUUAUAUUGCA